UCUGGCUAUAGUUUUCUUUAAGAAAGAAGGCAAGGAAACUAUAUUUUAACAUGGACCAACUUUAAGUGAAGAUAAAUAGCAGGUAACAGCUUAGGUUAAGGAGCAAAGCAAGAUCAAGAUGAACACUGCCUUAAAAUGGAUACACUUCUCGGUACUAAUCCUUGCGCUGUUAAUACCAAGAUCAGAUGGGGAUGAUCUGCUGAAGCAGUGGUGCAUAGCAGAUGAACAAACACCAGAUGAUGUUCUACAAGCAGCCCUUGAUUGGGCAUGUGGCCCUGGGGGUGCAGAUUGCAAGAUGAUCUUACCAAACAAACCUUGCUAUCUUCCCAACACUAUCAAGGACCAUGCAUCUUUUGCUUUCAACAGCUACUGGCAGAAAUACAAAAAUCAAGGAGGCUCCUGCUACUUCAGUGCUGCUGCUAUGGUUUCCGACUUAAACCCAAGUCAUGGCGCUUGCCAGUACGAAUCACACACUUGAGACAAAUGUGAGGGCAAACAUUCAUAGCUUAUCCUUAUUUGCCAUAUCUCUAUCUUAAUAAUAAUAUUUAGCAGAUUUUGGCAUUUACCAUUGUACUUGAAUAUCAGCGCAUGAAAUAUGCUACUGCUUCUGUUCCAGAUGUUUAAAAUCUCUAGUUCAUGUGUUAACUGAAUGAAGCUUAAGGUUUACUAGCUUUAACUAGGCUGAUGGCCUGAUUGUUUAACAAUUGUAUUCGAGAAUUUUCUGUCAAUAUAUUGUUCUUCCGCCUUUCUUUCCAA